UUCAAAUGAACAGCACAUAUUUGUCCUAGGGCUUUCCACCCUGCAUAACACACGUUUUUUCAUACGAAAUAUAGUCAGCUAAUAUUGAAACUCUGAUUACAAUAUUGUCCGUAACGAAAAGUCUAUAUUCUACUCCACACACUGUAAUGUGAUAAGAGUAGCCCACAGAGUCGAGAAAUUGUAACAUUGUAUCUGUCGUUAUUUAACAUCAAAGGACAGUGCAGUAGAGGGGGUAUGUCCGGAUGAAAGAGAUAGCGCUACUGUACACGAAAGCAUAUCUCCAUUUGCAACAGGUGGCAGUCGAUGUCAAUUAGAAAUAGCACGGUAUCCUUUACCUGGCUGGCGUGCAUUACCGAGAAGAGGAACUAAACGCACUGCGGCUUACCCUGGAGUAACCAUCACAUCAAGGAUUUCGGAAAUUCAGGAAAUCAAACGGAACUCUUUUCUGAGGUCCUCACGCUCCUCUCAUCAUCCACUUCUUCCACACUCUCUCUCUCUUGUGUGUGAUCGUGAUGGCGUUGUGUGUGUGAGCCAUGGCCCCCUCUCUGACCACCCUGGGGAAGCUGCCUGUGGUGCGCUGUCGGCUGCUGCAGCGCUACGAGCACCAGCCCUUUGUCUCAUGCCUGGCCGGCCUCUACGGCUGUCAAUGGAGACGCUACCAGAGGACCCGUGCCACGCCGGGAGACUGCUGCUGCAGCAAGUUGGAAUGUGCCAGCUUUGCACUCCUCAUCGUGACAUUCUGUCUCACACUGGUCUUCCUCUACUUCUGGAGUGAAGCUCAGAAUGACUACAAUGAUUUUGACUGGUUUAACUUUGGGAACCUGGGUUUCUGGUUCCCCUGGUCUGUGGUGUUGCUGGUCAUCGCUGCCGCCUUCUUCAGCUACGUCACUCUGCUGCUGGUGAGGGGUGUGUGUUUGUUUGUGGGGCUCCAAAAGGGGGGUUGGAGGCUGUUGGCUGUGUGUCUGCUGUCAGAGGGACAGAAGCUGUACCUACACUGGGGCCACAAGAUUGGGGUCCUGGUGAGUCUAGCCUUCUCCAUUCUGGCCAUAGCAGUGCUGUCUGACCUAUGUAGCAAAGAGUGGACCACUCUUCUCCUCUCUUUCCAGGUGACGGCACCAUAUUUACACGUGGGAGGAGUCUUGCUGAUGACACUCCUGUCCUGGCCAAUAGCCUUGCAUUUCUACGACAUCAAUAGGAAAGUUGGGCAGUUGCUCAUCAUGGGGCUGUACCUGGCGGUGCUGUGUGCCCUCUACCUGGUGCCCCUGGGCAUGUACUCACCCUGCCUUAAAGAGGAGGGCACUCUGGGCCUCGCACCAGCUCUCAUCGGGCACAGAGGGGCACCCAUGCUUGCGCCAGAGAACACUCUCAUGUCCUUUGAGAAGGCGGUGGAGGCUGGAGGGCAAGGUCUAGAGACUGACGUCACCAUCAGCUAUGACGGGGUGCCCUUCCUGAUGCACGACCACACCCUGAGGAGGACCACCAACGUGCAGGAGGUGUUCCCCAACCGGACGGACGCCCCUGCGGCCAUGUUCACCUGGGGGGAGCUGGAGACCCUCAACGCCGGGGCCUGGUUCCUCCAUCGUGACCCGUUCGGCACGGCUUGGUCUCUGGGUACCGAGGACCGGGCGCAGGCGCAGAACCAGUCUGUUUGCACCUUCAAGGACUUUCUGGAGCUGGCUUCACAGAGAGGCAAACAGGUUAUCUUUGACCUCUACCGGCCCCCUAAGGGACACCCCUACAGGGACACCUGGAUCACACGCACCCUGGAGGUCAUCCAGAAUGAGUCUUCCAUCCACUCACACCAAGUGUUGUGGCUGCCCUCAAACCUGCGGAGCCUGGUCCAGCAGCUGGACCCUGACCUCCAGCAUACAUCGGCGUCCCGGGCUCCAGUUGAGGAGCUCAAGCAGAAUCACAUUGUCCAACUCAACCUGCACUAUAGCUCCAUGUCCACAGAGAUGAUAAUUGAAUAUGCAGCGGCCAACAUCAGCACCAACCUGUAUGUGAUCAGCCAGUCGUGGCUCUACUCUCUGGCCUGGUGCACUGGGGCUCAGUCUGUCACCACCAAUGCUCUACAGUUCCUCAACAACCUCAGUAGACCCCUCUUCCUUAUGACUCCAGGUGAGUACAAUCUGAUGUGGGUCCUCACCGACGUGGUGUCCAUCACCAUCAUCUUCAUCAUCUUCAUCUUCCACUGGUGGCGAGAACAAAGCCUGGCUUUCUGUUCGGGCAGCAAACCCACACUAGAACAUGGCACCUACAUCAAGUUCAGGACAGAUGUGUGGUCCGUCUCCAGUGUCAACAUCCUGGGAGAGCCCGCUCGAAGCCCGCUGGCCACUGAGCCUAACUUGGCAACCGUCUCAGAGCACUGAUAACCAAUUCAUCAACCUCUUCUGUGAGGCUCAGUUGAAGCAAACCACUCCUCACUCUCCCUUUCAACUUGGCAACUUCCCGGACCCCAAACUGGCAAUUCACCAGAAUCGACCCAACCUGGAAACCCAGGACCCUACUGGAAACCGAGAGCACAACCUGGCAACCCCCUGUAGAUUUGUGGGAGAGAAUGAGACAAAGUGAGUGAGGCCUAGCGGAGCUGUAGGUGGUGCUGAUGUGUCACUUGCAGAAGGGAUUUCAUUGGAUAGAUAUUAAUCCUUAAGACAGGGCUGCCCAACUCUCUUCCUGGAGGUUGGGUUUUCAGUUCAAACCUAAUUUAACACACCUGAUUCUACUAAUUAGCUGCUCAAUGAGACCUUAACUAGCUGAAUCAGAUAUGC